UUGAAUUUGGAUCAUCGACGACAGCAUGGGAUUUGCCCUCGACUUGAUUGAAGAUGCCUUCGGAAGCAUUGCUCCAUCGACAACGCCUAAGAAGCGACCGCUGAACAUUCGUCCGUCGAAGAAUGCACUCUUCCACUUCGACAUGGUCCGUCCCUUCGUGUACUCGCAGGAAGAACCGCCCGCGGCGUCCUUUCUUCGGUACGACUUGGUCGCAUCCAAUGGAAACGAGAAAAUCGCAGCGCCUGUCGUCAAGACCGUGAGUCCCGAGUGGCUUGUCAGUGUCUGCGAACAGCACACGUUGCUGCAUGACUCGCCCAUUCCAGGCUCGGAAUUGGCGUCGUCUAUCGUGGAAUCGCUCAAGAAGGACGACGCCGAAUCAAUGUUGUUCAACCUGUUGGGCUUUGACGGCAUCGAACUCAUCCAAGAGAUCUUGUCUGCUCGCGCGUCCAUUCAAGCAUUCACGACACGACAACUCACCCGCGCCGCGGCCGUGGCAUCCGCGACGACUCCUCCUCGAUCCCCGUCGAACAAGGCUAAGAAGGCAUCAUCCGUGAGCAUCUCAAGCGAAUUGGACCAAUACGUGUCCAAGCACCAGCGGAAAGAAGCCCGUCGGAACCAGCGCCGCCAAGGGGAUGUUGCGGCAGACGACGAGCAGAAUUGGCUGGAGGCCGCGGGGUACGACAUGGACGUCAUCCAAGCCCUGCGAGAGAGCAACAUCGACCGCAAGGCCAACACGUCCACAUCCCUUUUAAAGGAGCAGUUCGGCAACAUGGAGUACGACACGAGCAUGAUCAUGUCGGGGUUGCCGGCGGGCGCGGUCAAGACGGUCGAAAAGGGCUACGAAAAGGUAUUUAUUCCUGCCAAAGUUCAAAAGGCGCUGGCGCAAGACGAGCUCGUGCCCAUCUCGCGCAUGGAUCCGUUCACGUACAGCGUGUUUGAAGGCAUCACGCACUUCAAUCGGCUCCAGUCCAAGUUGUUCGAGGCAGCGUACACGUCCAACCAAAACCUGCUCGUGUGUGCGCCCACGGGGGCGGGCAAAACCAACGUCGCGAUGAUGACCAUCCUGCGGGAAGUCAAGGCCCAGCGGAACCCGACCAGCGGCCGCGUGGACGCCGGCACGAUGAAGAUCAUCUACGUGGCGCCCAUGAAAGCGCUGGCGCAGGAAGUGGUCACGCGCUUCUCGAAACGGCUGCGGUCGCUGCACAUCAAAGUGGCCGAGUUGACAGGAGACAUGCAAAUGACCAAGGCGCAGAUCGACGAAACGCACGUGAUUGUUACCACGCCUGAAAAGUGGGACGUCAUCACACGCAAGACGCACGAGCAGGCGCUGUUGACCCAGGUCAAGCUCCUCAUCAUCGACGAAGUCCACUUGCUCGCCGACGAGCGCGGGCCUGUGAUUGAAACCAUCGUCGCGCGUACCUUGCGCCGCGUCGAGUCGACGCAAACGAUGAUCCGAAUCGUGGGUCUGUCGGCCACUUUGCCCAACUACAAGGACGUGGCCGAGUUUUUGCGCGUGUCGUUUCCCCCGCAUGAACCGAGCGGCGGCGGUUUGUUCUACUUUGACGCGUCAUACCGUCCCGUGCCGCUGGAGCAGACGUUUGUGGGCAUCACCGACAAGGGCCGAACCAAGCAGAUGGCGGCGAUGAACUUGCUCGCGUACGAAUACGCGAUCGACAACAUCACCCGUGGCCACCAAGUGAUGAUCUUUGUCCACUCGCGCAAAGAAACGGCGCUCACGAUUCGCGCGGUGCUGGAUUUGGCGGCCAAGCACGGCACGAUCGACAUGUUCGCGCCCGCCGACGCCCCAAUAAACGAGUCCACGGCCAAUACCCUCGACAUGCACCUAACCAAGAGCCGCAACGCCGAUGUCAAGGAGUUUGCACCGAGUGGGUGCGGCAUCCACCACGCCGGCAUGCUCCGCAGCGACCGCAACCUGACCGAACAACUGUUUGAAAACGGACAGAUCAAACUGCUGUGCUGCACGGCCACGCUGGCGUGGGGCGUCAACCUGCCGGCGCACGCGGUGCUCAUCAAAGGCACGCAGAUUUACAACGCCGAAAAGGGGUGCAUGGUGCCGCUGAGCAUGUUAGACGUGAUGCAGAUCUUUGGGCGCGCGGGGCGGCCGCAGUACGACACGUCGGGCGAGGCCACGAUUGUCACCACGCACGACCAGCUGGACCAUUACCUUCGUGCGUUGGCAAACCAAGCGCCGAUUGAAUCGGCGUUGAUCAAGACAUUGCCAGACCAUUUGAACGCUGAAAUCGUGUCGGGCACCGUGGCCAACCUGCCCGAAGCGCUCGCGUGGCUCAGUUAUACGUACUUGUUUGUGCGAAUGAUGAAGAACCCCAUGGCGUACGGAAUGUCGUACGACGAGAGAGCGAACGACCCGAUGCUCGUGAACAAGCGGACCGAGUUGCUCAAGCAGGCCAUUCAGACCCUCGAAGACGCGCGCAUGAUUAAGUUUGACCACCGGCGAGGCGACUUUGCAGUGACCAACUUGGGCCGCGUGGCCAGCCACUAUUACAUUACCCAUGGCACGAUUGAAACGUUCAAUGAAAUGCUCAACCAGCACAUGGAAGACGAAGACGUGCUGCACGUGAUUUGCUCGUCUGCGGAAUUUGAACAAGUGCAAGUGCGGGAAGACGAGACCGUCGAGUUGGAACGAGUCAAGAAAUCGUGCAAAUUGCCCAUCAAGGGCGAAAACGCAUCGUCGGGCAAGGCCAACAUCUUGUUGCAAGCGUACAUCUCCAACACGUCGUCGAGAUUGACGAAUUUCACGCUCAUUUCCGACACGAAUUACGUGGCUCAGAACGGAUCCCGCGUCACGCGAGCGUUGUUUGACAUUUGCUUGAAAAAGGGGUGGCCCGUCGCUGCGGAAAAGGUGCUCAACGUGGCCAAGUCGAUCGACCACCGCAUGUGGUGGACGCAGUCGCCGCUUCGGCGGUUCCUGCACGUGCUGCCAUUCGACGCGGUCGCGCGGCUCGAGGAGCGCUACGACAUUGACACGCUCUUCACGCUCAGCGUCGACGAGAUCGGCGUCGCGGUGCACAGCCCCCGUGUGGCCGAAAAGAUUGUGCAACAUAUGAAGUACCUUCCGUACUUGUUGGUGGACGUGCAUGUACAGCCGCUCACGCAAGGCAUUCUCAAAGUCUCGGUGGACGUGCGGUGCGAUUUUGAAUGGAACGACCUGUACCAUGGGUCGGUGGAAGCGUGGUGGAUGUGGGUCGAAGACGAUCACGCCAUGUACCACGCAGAACACGUGCUCAUCCACAAGGCGCAGCGCCUCGACGUGAUCCAGUGCACGUUUCACGUCCCCGUCUUCCAACGCACCACGCCCGACUACACGCUGCGCCUGCUCUCGGAUCGGUGGGUCGGCGUCGACAGCUGCCAUCCCGUGGACAUUCCCCUAGUGUCAGAGGACACGCCGCCCGAGCCCGUCUACUACACGCCGUUGCUCCGCCUGCAUCCGUUGCCCGUGUCGGCGUUGCACCAGCCCGCGUUUGAAGACUUGUACUCGUUUCAGUUUUUCAACCCGAUCCAGACCCAGUUGUUCCACACCAUGUACCACACGGACGGAAACGUCCUCGUGGGCGCCCCCACCGGCAGCGGCAAGACCAUCGUCGCAGAGUUGGCCAUGCUUCGUCUGUGGAAUGUUCAAGAACGACACAACAUCGUCGUGUACGUGGCGCCGCUCAAGGCGCUGGCUCACGAACGGGUCAAGGACUGGACGCGCAAGUUUGAGCGCACAAUGGGCAAGCGGGUGGUGGAGCUCACGGGGGACACGACCGUGGAGGCGCGCGUGUUGAAGCAAGCGUCGAUCAUCGUCACAACGCCGGAAAAGUGGGACCUCGUCACACGGACCAUCCAUGCGACAUCGUUUGUGCACAUGGUGCGCUUGGUCUUGCUGGACGAAGUGCACUUGCUCGGCGAAGAUCGCGGCCCGGUGCUGGAAGCCAUCGUGUCGCGCAUGCGGAUGCUUCGCCACGCCAUUCGCCUCGUGGGGCUGAGUACGGCGCUGGCGAACGCCGUGGACGUGGGCAAGUGGAUGGGCAUUGCCGACCCCGCCCACGGCAUCUUUAACUUUCGCGCGUCCGUGCGCCCGAUCGCUAUGGACGUGCAUAUCCAGGGGUUCGCGGGGCGGCACUACGUCCCCCGCAUGGCCGCCAUGAACAAGCCCACAUACCACGCGAUCCAGUCGCACUCUCCCACCAAACCCGUGCUUGUGUUUGUGUCGUCGCGGAGCCAAACGCGGCUCUCGGCCAUGGCGCUCAUCUCGUUGGCGGCGUUGGCAGGGUCCCAAAAGCAAUUUCUGUGGGAGGAUGAAGACAUUAUGGCCACGUGGGUCGACCAAGUGCGAGAUCCGGGGCUCAAGGACACGCUCGUGUUUGGGAUUGGGCUGCAUCAUGCUGGGCUGGGCUCGCGCGACCGCGAGAUUGUCGAGGAACUGUUCUUGAACAACAAGAUCCAAGUAGUCAUUUGCACGUCGACGUUGGCGUGGGGGGUGAACUUGCCGGCGCACUUGGUCGUGGUCAAAGGCACCGAGUACUACGACCCUAAGCAAGGCCGGUACGCCGACUUUCCCAUGACCGACAUUUUGCAAAUGAUUGGUCGGGCCGGACGGCCGCAAUUCGACACGAGCGGCGUCGCGUGUGUGCUGGUGCAAGACGUCAAGCAAAACUUCAUCAAGCGCUUCAUCUACGAGCCACUGCCCGUGGAAUCGUCUCUUCAUUUGCAUCUGGACAAUACUCUCAACGCGGAAAUCGCCAACGGCACCGUCCAGUCGGUGGGUGAUGCCGUCAAGUAUUUGUCGUGGACGUUUUUGUUUCAGCGGGUGCAAAAGAACCCGGCGUACUACCGCAUCGACACGACAGUGGAAGACUUUUUCAAGAAAUUGGUAUCGGCCAUCUUGACUCGCCUCGUGCAAACUCGAUGCUGUACCCUUGCCAAGGGCGUGGUGCAGCCUACGGCGCUGGGUAAAAUCGCCAGCGCGCAGUACUUGGAGUGCCGGUCCGUGCAGCACUUGCACGAGUCGCUGGAAGCGUUGCCAGGGGACGCCGACGGCGACUCGACGACGAUCUCGUUGGUUCGCAUCGUGUGCGGGUGCGUCGAGUUUGCCCAGUUGCCGAUUCGGCCGCAGGAAGAGCGCGUGGUUGGGUCGUUGGCAGGGCAAUGCCGGUACCAAGAACGGUCGUGGAAGUGGGACACGCACAGCUCCCAGUUGAAGUGUCUGCUGCUCCUUCAAUUGCACUUGGGCCAAGUGCCGCUGCCGUCGAGCGACUUUUGGAACGAUUUGCGGCUCGUACUGGACCACCUGCCUCGCGUCCUUGGCGCCAUGAUGGAUCUCGCGGCUCUCCUCGGCCGUCCGUCCCUCGUCUUAGUGAUCAACCAACUUGGCCAAGGGAUUUUGUACGGCUACUGGCCGCAUGCGCAGAGCUGGUGGCAGUUGCCGCACGUGACGUCGGAUGAAUUGGCACUAUUCCCUCGCGAGUUUGACGGGUCAGUCGCCCAAGUCAAGCAAGCACUGCCACGCCGACUCUCGGACAAGCAACGCCAAGAGAUUCUGGCUAUCGUUGAGAAAAUGCCCCAGUUGUCGUACACGACGACGACGACGCAUGACACGAGCAUCCAUGUGCACAUUCAAGUGCACAAUGCCAAACUGCAGUCCAUCCUCUCGAAUCGGUGGACGAAACCGCGACCGCACAUGUUGUACGUGUUGGUCGUGGACGAUCACGACCAGUUAGUCACGAUGGUGCACUUGCCCUAUCGCAAAACCAUCUCCCGCACGAUCCCGUUGCCAAAGGCGGCAAUGACUGCGGGAACCAACAACUAUACGAUUCGCAUCGUGUCCAACUGCAGCAUGGUGCACAUUGUCAAGAGCCCAUCGACUGACGAAUCCUCCAUAUACUAACAGUAAUAUGGGUGUUUAACUAAUUCAACACAAGACACCGAAAGCGCCGGUGCAGGUCGCUGUUGAGGCUGUCGUUGCGCUUCGUAAGGUCGUUCAUGUACACGCUGUACUCUUGCACGGACGCGCUUCGCGUCGAGCGAAGGCACGUCUGUGAGUACCCCCGGAUGCAUGUGGUGGGGUACUUGUCCUGGGGGUGCGACAUGUCUUCGACCACCACCCACGACACCAUGUGGUCUUUGAACGGGUUUUGCUGGGGACACAGGGCGUCGUGGAGAACGUUGCGGCUCUGCAGCACUUGGCGGCCGGGCUCGACGUAGCGCUUGGCAAUGUAAUGGUGAGGAGUGUCCGUCGGCACUGAGUCGUUGUGUUGCAGCGCUUGGAUAAAGCACGCAUCGUCGUCGAGCAUUUCCACCUAAUAUAGAUAUUGACCAUAUGGGGUUACGUUGUUGAUGAUGGAGGCUGCGAUGACACGAUAUGGGGGGGGU